CUCCAGGUCCUGGGAGCCUCGCGGCAUAGCUCAACAUGACCGAGGCGCUCCGCUCUCAUGUCCGCGCGCUGCGAGCAGAAUCGGGCGAAAAGUUCGAUGCUGCUCUCGACACCUGCAAGACGCUUCUCCAGAACGUCCUCGAGCAGCCGGAUGAGGCCAAGUUCAGGACGAUCAGGUUGGGAAACGCCGCCUUCCACCAGCGGUUGGGGCAGUUCCCCUCUGGAAUCGCGCUGCUGCGAUCGCUGGGCUUCGAGGACGCCAACGCCGCCGACGGCAGUCCGGGAGGAGACGGCCUCCCGGCGUACCUUGCACUGCCAGUGGCUGAUGCCGCAGUCCUCGCUCAAGGCCUCGUCUUAGUGGCGGCCUCUCGCGAAGCAUCCCUGCUGGUGGCCAGCGAGCGGGGAGGAGGGCCGCCGCCGCCGGCGGCGGCGGCGGCACCGUCGGCGGCGGCGGCGGCGUCUGCUGCACCGCGCGAGCCGCGGCGCGUCGAGGCGGUGCGGAGCAACGCCGCGGGCAAGCGGAGGGCGGAGAGCGACACGGGCGGUGGCGGCAAGCGACCCGCUGGUGGCAGCACUGACGGAGAAGGAGCCGCCCGCCCCGACGGUGGCGGCGCCACCGCCUCUGCUGCCGAACUCGAGUCGUACCGUGCAAGCGCCAUCGAUGAGUAUUUCCUCGCUGCGUGCGGCGGCGCCUUCCUCGCUGCGCUUGACGACGUCGAGCCGGCGGCGCUGGCGGCACUGGUGGCGACCGCCCGCGACGCAAAGCGCGUCAGCGAGGCGACUGCGGACGCGGAGGCGGCGGCUCGCGCGCAGCAUUGGGCGAGUGUGCUGGAGGAGCGCGGCGAGACGCUCGGCUAUACCUUCGACGACGUCGGCGACGCAGACGCCGACGCAGGCGCGGCGGCGGGGUCGAGCGAGUCGGCGGCGGGCAGCUCGAGUGGCUGGGUCGGCGGUGCGGCGGGCGGGUCCUCGGGUGAGGGCGGCGCGACGGUGGUGGAGGAGGACGGCAACUUCGACACGUGCGCCGUGUGUGACGGCGGCGGGCUGCUUGUCUGCUGCGAGGCGUGCCCUCAGGCCUACCACGCGGCGUGCCUCGGGGAGGAGGCGCCGCCCGAGGAGGAGGAGGAGGGCCAGGCUUGGUUCUGCCCGCCGUGCAAGGCGCAGCUUGGAAUGGCCUGACGCCCUCUCUCGAAGCGGCCUGCUCUGUCUGUGCGCGCUAGAGCAGAGACCAAGGAGCGCACACACGUUGCGCUUUCUCCGUGUCUCCGAGAGCUGUGUGCUCUGUGCGCAUGCACGAUGCGCAGCCAGGAUGCAGCCUGCUUUGCUUGUGCAGUCGUCACGUCGCUGCUCAGCAACGCUCUCUGCUGCAUGAAAAAUUGAUCGAUCUC